CUAUCUGCCUUUGCACUCUCCAUUACUUCAAUGAAUCUAACUAACUCCCUCGCCAUAUCUUUCCAUUACUCUUUUCCAUUUUCUUUCUCAAGCUCUCUUCUCUCUCACUCGCUCUCCCCGAGGACAAACUCCACGACAAGACCACCACAAAGCAAUUAAAACCCCCCAACUCCGUCUCUCUUCCCGGCAACCGCCGAAGCUUCUUCUUCUCCUCCCCUCCGCCGCCUCCGGCCACUGCUUCACAAUGCAACAUUAGCACUUGCUGCUCCCUCUUAUCCAAGUUCUUUCUCUCUCCCCUCUUCAACUUCCACCUACUGCAUUGUCAACCAUUUUCACAACCCGCCGCAGAAUCUCCUCUGUUUUCUUCAACCCUCUCUUUCUCUUAGCUCAUUUCAGUCAUUGAUGAACUCAGCUGCUUUAUUCUUUUCUUCUUGUCCUCACCCUCCUCGCCUUUUGUCAACCUUCUGGUAGUCCACCUACAUAGCCGUCGUUCACAUGAGACUAGCCGUUUGAUAAACAGAUACACAACAACAAAAUACAGGGCCAAACCCUUCUCCUCGUCAUUUCCCCUUUCUAUCGAGCAGAAAGAUUCUCCCUUUUCCACAUUCCCAUUCCAGUUUCCACGGUUACCUAGUAAUACCUACCCAGUUGGAAACUUCUGGCGGGAUAAUUGAAACAAAGACCCAAUCUUUUUUCUCUCAAAUGGUUUAAUUUCUCCACCACAAUGCUGAAGAUGGAAAGGCCUCUGUUUCUGCUGCUGCUUCUUCUCGCCUUGGUUACAGGCUGCUGCUUAGGAUCUCUGACCCCGUCCCUCAACGACGACGUACUGGGUCUGAUUGUGUUCAAAUCCGACCUUCAAGACCCUAAAGGAAAGCUCGCGUCUUGGAACCAAGACGACUACAGCCCCUGCGGCUGGGUGGGAGUGAAAUGUAGCCCUAGAUCUAACCGGGUCACCGAGCUCUCCCUCGAUGGGUUUUCUCUCUCGGGUCGGAUCGGGCGGGGCCUCUUGCAGCUCCAAUUCCUCCGUAAGUUAACCCUCUCGAGAAACAACCUCACCGGUUCUUUCACCCCUCAACUCCUCGCCCGCCUCCAGAAUCUCACUACCCUUGAUUUGAGCGGGAAUGCACUCUCCGGCGCCAUUCCCGACGAGUUUUUCGCCCAAUGUGGGUCUCUACGAGCAAUUUCUUUGGCUGGCAACAAAUUCUCCGGCAAGAUUCCGGCGUCUUUGAGCUCAUGUGGUACUCUGGUUUCUGUAAACUUCGGCUCCAAUCGGCUCUCUGGGUCCCUGCCAUCUGGCAUUUGGGGCUUGAAGGGGCUAUGGUCGCUUGAUUUGUCUGAUAAUUUGCUCGAGGGUGGAAUUCCUCCAGGGAUUGAGGCUCUCAACAGCUUGCGUGCUGUGAAUUUGAGCAAGAAUCAGUUUACUGGGGAAAUUCCCGGCGGGAUUGGGAAAUGUUUGCUGCUGAGGACCGUCGAUUUCAGCCGGAAUUCGCUAUCUGGGUAUCUUCCAGCUACAAUGCGGAAUUUGAGACUCUGUUAUUCUCUCAGCGUCUCCAGUAACUCAUUGACAGGUGAAGUUCCGAGCUGGAUUGGGGAACUGAAACGUAUGGAAAGUUUGGAUCUUUCUGGGAACAAGCUCUCUGGUCACGUCCCUGCUUCGGUUGGGAAUCUUGAGAUGCUUAAAGUUUUGAACUUUUCUGGGAAUCGUCUGACUGGCGGCCUCCCAGAUUCCAUGUCCAGCUGUGGAAGUCUCUCGACCUUGGAUUUUAGCCAUAACUCGUUGAGUGGCGGCCUGCCAGCGUGGAUUUUUGGAUCUGGGUCGGAGAAGCUUUUGCACUCGUCGGCGGCGCCGAAGUUGGAGUAUUUGGAUUUGUCUGAUAACGAGUUCUCUGGUGACAUUGCUUCCACCAUUGAUUAUCAAAGCAAACUCCUGGUAUUGAAUUUGUCUGGGAACUCGCUUACAGGUCCUAUACCAGGCGCCAUUGGAGAGUUAAAGGAACUGGAAGUUCUAGACUUGUGCACAAAUAAGUUAAACGGGAGCAUCCCUAUGAAGAUUGGUGGAGCUACUUCUCUGAACGUUCUCAAACUGGAUUCUAACUUCCUCUCUGGCCAGAUUCCGAGUUCAAUUGGAGACUGCUCUUCACUAACUACACUAAUCCUUUCUGGGAACAUAUUGAGUGGACCAAUACCUUCCUCAUUAGGUAAACUCACCAGCAUACAGAAUGUAGACUUAUCUCUCAACACUCUCUCAGGCACCUUACCAAAGCAGCUAGCCAACCUUCCUAACAUCGCAACAUUCAACAUUUCCCACAAUCGCUUGCAAGGCGAACUACCUUCCGGCGGUUUCUUCAACACCAUCUCACCAUCUUCCGUGUCUGGCAAUCCAUCUCUCUGUGGAGCGGUUGUCAACAGGACUUGCCAUACAGUCCUUCCAAAACCCAUUGUCCUCAAUCCUAAUGCCACAUCAGAUGAGUCAGCCGAUGGUUCAAUCCCACAGAAUAGUCUCGGUCACAAGAGAAUCAUACUCAGCAUAUCAGCCCUCGUUGCCAUUGGUGCAGCAGCUCUAAUCGUUGUAGGUGUGAUUGCCGUCACUGUGCUCAAUCUUAGAGUCCAAGCAACUUCUCGAUCCGCAACUGCAUUGACAGCAUUCUCCGCGGGUGGUGAUGAUGACUCCUUUAGCCGUUCGCAUACCACAGACCCCAAAUCUGGCAAGCUGGUCAUGUUUUCGGGCGAUCCUGACUUCUUCAGUGCUGGAACACAUGCUCUUCUCAACAAGGACUGUGAACUUGGGCGUGGAGGGUUUGGAGCAGUGUACCGUACUGUUCUUAGAGAUGGGAACCCAGUUGCAAUCAAGAAGCUCACUGUGUCAAGCCUUGUCAAGUCACAGGAUGAUUUCGAGAGGGAAGUCAAGAAGCUGGGGAAGAUUCACCACGAGAAUCUUGUACAGCUCGAUGGUUACUACUGGACGACAUCACUGCAGCUGCUCAUCUACGAGUUUGUCUCUGGAGGUAGUCUGUACAAGCAUCUCCACGAUGGCGGGAAUCUUCUUUCAUGGAAUGAGAGGCUCAAUCUGAUUCUAGGCACCGCAAAAGGGCUAGCACAUCUGCACCAAUCGAGCAUCAUCCACUACAACAUCAAAUCCAGCAAUGUACUCAUCGAUGGCGACACGGGCGAGCCUAAAGUGGGAGACUUUGGCCUGGCGAGGUUGCUGCCAAUGCUAGACCGCUACGUGCUGAGCAGCAAGAUCCAGAGCGCGCUUGGGUACAUGGCGCCUGAGUUUGCUUGCAGGACGGUGAAGAUCACCGAGAAGUGCGACGUGUAUGGAUUUGGAGUUCUGAUUCUGGAGAUUGUUACUGGGAGGAAGCCCGUGGAGUACAUGGAAGACGACGUCGUGGUGCUAUGUGACAUGGUGAGAGGAGCAUUGGAGGAAGGAAAGGUGGAAGAGUGCAUCGACGAGAAGCUGCAAGGUGCCUUUCCAGCAGAUGAGGCGAUUCCAGUUAUGAAAUUGGGGUUGAUAUGCACUUCACAAGUACCAUCAAACCGGCCAGACAUGGGGGAAGUGGUUAACAUAUUGGAGCUGAUAAGAUGUCCAUCAGAAGGCCAACAAGAUUGAUUCAGGUUUGAGAUGAGAUGAGUGGUGAUUGAUGAUGACAUUAGGAAUAGCUAGGGAGUAAUUAGAUUAUGAUUUAUGAUGAGUUGUUGUCCGGGGAAGACGAAUCCGGUUUUGUUACUGCAUUGAUCCAGGAGUGGGGUGAAUUUGGGUAGAGGGUUAAUGUAAUGCUUAAUUCUGGUGUGGUGAAGGGCUCCUGUUAGAUUGAUAGCCUCGCCGGAUUCUUCUUCACCGGGUCCCAACAUUUUCUGGGACCCUUUUGUUGCAGCAAGUAAGUAACCAGCAGAAGUGAUUGCUGAUACGACUCCAUUGUUAUUUUGUGAAGGAUCAUGCUUCAUUGUUUUUGUUGGUUGGUUGGUUUGUUGGUGAAUGAAAUGAAAUGGUUGUU